AAUUUUAAAUAUCGUAAUUUAUGUAUAUAUAUGUAAUAUAUACAUAUAUAUGUAACAUAUAUACGAACCAUAAAGUAACAAAAUAUCCGUAAUCCGCAAAGAAAAACCGUGACGACAGUAUACUUUAGUGCCUCUCUAGCUUGACAGUGAAAGUAGUAGUGAUUUUACCACAAUAUCAACAUUUAUAUAUAUAUAUACGUAUGUAUAUGCAGAUAUAUACAUAUGUAUACGAUAUAACAGCACCGCUGCAGUUAUGAGUGCGCGGAGUCAACUAUGUCAAGCACUUGGUGUAAUGGAGAAAAAUAAAUUAUCGUGUGUGUUAACAGUGCUACCAAAAUUAUUUAAAAUAAUAAUUAAAAUAAUUAUUUUUAAUUUAACAACAUUAAUAGUAGCAGUAACAAUUGUAAAAUGUAUUGUUACUAUGAAGAGUCAUCAUCUAGUUGUUUUAUCAACAACAAACUUGACGUAAUUUUUUUAAAUAUUUUUUUGUUGUCCUCAGCUAUUUAUAUUUUGUAUACUAAAAAAAUUAAAAAACAAUUUUUAUCACAUUUACAACGAAUUUUAAAGUAAUAACAACAACAAUAAUAAUAAUAAUAGACAGCUAAGUAUAUGUGAUAGUGGAUUUUAUAACUUUAUUAUUUAAAACAAUAGUAAUGGUGAUAGUGAUGAUGAUGAUGAUGAUGAUUAUUGACAAAUGUUGAUCCAUCACGAGUGGAUGGAAAGAUCUGGGUGUUUUAAUCUCACAUCUUACAGCACCAGUAAUACUGUUAUCUCCAUAACGUGAAAUCGUGAGUGUCUUUUACUUAAAACAGUUGCAUAUAUACAUAUAUGUAUAUAUACUAAUAUAUUAGGAUCAGUGUCAUUGAAGAUUGUGAUAAUAAGUCCAGUAUGUUUAUCUUGUGGCUUUAGUACACAAAGAAGUGUAUAAUGACUGGUAAAUAAAGUCAGUGAUUUAAGUACAUAAUAAUAUGGAUAAAUAUAUACAUUAAUAUAAAUAUAUUUAAUAUUAUUAUUGUGGUGGUGAUAAUAAUAUAAAUAAUAGAGUGUAAGUUGUAAAGUUUUGACCACACAAAACUCUAAUCAGGGGAUGCCUAGCCUACAAUCGCUCGUCGUACGACGAGCUCCUCUCAUGGAUAUGGGUACUGCUACCAGUUCAGUAACUUCUGUUAACCCGCCGUCAUCAAAAAAUGGAACAAUUCAUAAAAAAAUAGAUAGUAGUAAUAAAGCUACAAAUAAACUGAGUAAUGUCGGACUUAAAUUACCGUUGGUUAAACAAGAACACGCAAGUGGUGGUAAUAAUUUUUUGUUAACUGAAAGAACAAUUACAAAAGGUGGUCUGAGUGGUAUAGGUUUGAGUAACUCUGUAAUGGGAACUGGUACUGGUGGUUGUGAUAAUGGUACUGCUCUAAACAGCUCCAAUGGGGUUGAUGUACCACUUCUUGGCCGACAAGAGAGCAGUACCAGUCUUGAAACACGUGCCUCAAUAGGAACUGCUGAUGUUCCUGGAGCUCGGGGUGGCAGUUGGGCGAACUUAUCACCAGGGAGUAAUUUACGUAAGUGUGAAACUGCUGUUGGUCUCAGUACACUACAUCUGGAGAACAGGCCCAUCAAUAAGAGCCGAGUAUGCUCCAGAUGCUCUAGUUUGCUUUCCCUGGCGUCCAGUUCGAGAUACAGUUUGGCUGCUGGUAAUUUUGUACCGGCUACAACUAAUCAAAUAAAUUUACAACAACAGCAGCAGCAAACAUCCAGUCAAUUUCUUUGUAAGCUUUGUCUUGUUGAUGUUACUGUGUCUAAAAUAUUCAGGAUUGAAGGCUGCGGAUGUUUUUAUUGUAGAGAUUGUAUGAAGGCCUAUGUUGAGUUUGAAAUAGAAGAAGGUGCUUAUGAAAUAAGCUGUCCGGAUUCACAGUGUGAUUGGGCUUCUAUUCUUACGUUAAAAGAAAUAUCGACGCUUGUUAGUCCAGAGUUAAUGGAAAAACAUAAUAAAUUUCGACUUAAUAGAGAUGUGUCGAUGGACAAAGACCGCGCGUGGUGUCCACGUGCUGGCUGUGAGACGAUUUGUUCCAUAAAUAGUCCAGGCAGCAAUGGUAUGUCACCGGGACCUGUACACUGUCCAAAUUGUUCUACGGAUUUUUGUUCAGUAUGCCGUGAAUCCUGGCACAAUGGUCCGUGUCCGAAUCUUCCUCUGGGUAUACCAUUUGACAAUGAUCAUAUUAAAUGUUGUCCAAUGUGCUCAGUGCCUAUUGAAAAGGACGAAGGCUGUGCACAGAUGAUGUGCAAAAGAUGUAAACAUGUGUUCUGUUGGUAUUGCUUAGCAUCACUAGACGAUGACUUUUUAUUGCGACAUUACGAUAAAGGACCAUGUAAAAAUAAAUUAGGACAUUCAAGAGCUUCUGUUAUUUGGCAUCGAACUCAAGUAAUCGGUAUAUUCGCGGGUUUUGGCCUUUUACUUCUCGUAGCCUCUCCACUAUUGUUAUUAGCGGCGCCGUGUAUUGUUUGUUGUAAAUGUCGUGUAUGCGGAUCAUCACGACUCGAUCAUGAUAAUAACAAUGGGAAUGGUAGUAGUAAUGGUGGUGGUACUAAUGCUGAUAGUAAUGACGAUGCCUCGACCCCGAGUCGUUGGGGCGUGAGUAUUUUUCGGUGGAAAAGGAAAAUACGCGGUUGAUGGU